AACAGGUGGCGUCAGUUUAAGAUUCCAGAUGGCAGGGACAGCGCGCCAUGACCGAGAGAUGGCGAUCCAGGCCAAGAAAAAGCUCUCCACAGCCACUGACCCCAUUGAAAGACUCCGACUGCAGUGCCUGGCCAGGGGCUCUGCGGGCAUCAAAGGACUUGGCAGAGUGUUUCGAAUUAUGGAUGACAACAACAACCGAACCCUUGACUUCAAGGAAUUUGUGAAAGGGUUAAAUGAUUAUGCUGUGGUCAUGGAAAAGGAAGAGGCUGAAGAGCUUUUUCAGAGGUUUGAUAAAGAUGGGAGUGGAACCAUAGACUUCAAUGAGUUUCUUCUCACUUUAAGACCUCCAAUGUCCAGAGCCAGAAAAGAGGUAAUUAUGCAAGCUUUUAGAAAGCUAGACAAGACUGGAGAUGGUGUUAUAACAAUAGAAGACCUUCGGGAGGUGUAUAAUGCCAAACACCAUCCAAAGUACCAAAAUGGAGAAUGGUCAGAGGAACAAGUAUUCAGAAAAUUUCUGGAUAACUUUGAUUCACCCUAUGACAAAGAUGGAUUGGUUUCAAAAGAAGAUUUUUUGAACUACUAUGCUGGUGUUAGUGCGUCUAUUGACACCGAUGCUUAUUUCAUUUUAAUGAUGAGAAAAUCCUGGAGUUUAUGAGUUUUGUCUGAGUUCUUUUGGAAAUCAGGGACUCUCAGAGUGGAAUGAGUUUGAAAGAAAGCCAAUGCUAUAGAUGUUGAUAAUGUGUAAGCUCAAGUCUCUGAAAGACCUGAAAAUUUAAGAGUUUUAGAUCUUUGGUCAUUUUACUUGAUUACUAGACUACAUUCAUUUCCUUAAAUGCCUGAGGAAACAUUUUUAACUCUGAGAUAAAGGAAGGAAGGAAAGAGCAGAAGGCACAAUGAAAGAAGACUCUGAAGUGAGGCUGGGAGGCAGCGCCUGCCUGUGACACUGCUGGUGAGAGGCUUCCCUCUAGGAGUUGCAAAUCCAGCUCCCACUCUGUUGACUGUCCUGGGAGUCCAGGAGGUGGUGAUGAUUAAGGCCAGCGGGAACAUUGGAUGCUGUAAAACUUCCUGAA